AUGAAUUUCAAUGUUCAGAAGACAAAAAUGGCCAGGUUUAUGAAUCACAGGGUGCCACCCAACCGAAGGUACCAACCCACAGAGUAUGAACACGCAGCCAAUUGUGCCACCCAUGCGUUCUGGAUUGUUCCAAGCAUCCUUGGCAGUUCAGUUCUCUACAUCCUCUCGGACAAUCAGUGGGAAGCCAUUUCUGCCUGGAUCUAUGGCUUCGGCCUGUCGGGACUCUUCAUUGUCUCCACCACGUUCCACACCAUCUCUUGGAAGAAAAGGCACUUAAGGACUGUGGAGCACUGCCUCCACAUGUUCGACAGGAUGGUGAUUUACUUCUUCAUCGCAGCUUCCUACGCUCCUUGGCUGAACCUGCGGGAGCUGGGUCCUUGGGCCUCCCACAUGCGCUGGAUCAUCUGGAUCAUGGCCUCGGGUGGGACGCUCUACGUCUUCUUCUUCCAUGAACGGUACAAGGUGGUGGAGCUGCUUUGUUACCUGGUAAUGGGUUUUUUCCCCGCCCUGGUCAUUCUCUCCAUGCCCAACACGGAUGGUCUGGUGGAACUGGUAGCUGGUGGCAUCUUCUACUGCUUCGGUACGGUCUUCUUCAAGAGUGAUGGACGCAUCCCCUUCGCCCAUGCCAUCUGGCAUCUCUUUGUGGCAUUCGGAGCUGGCACUCAUUACUAUGCUAUUUGGAGGUACCUCUAUCGGCCAGAUGGUCUCCAAUCUCACAUCUCCAGGUAG